AUGGUGUACGAGCACAGUGGCGGCAAUAAGUACAAGAUCUUGGAUUCGAAUGGGGUUACCGUCCAUUGGCUGCUUUUCCGAACUAUUAUAACAGCGGAUCCUGAGGAUCCGGAUCAAGAUGCACAGCAGCUCAAACAGAUGGAAAUUGAUCACAAGAGUCUGCCCGAUGCUGACCGUAUCGAGCCGGCUGACUACACGAAGGUCUUCAAUCCAAAAGAGGCUCACGCCAUAUUGGUGCAAUACUUCUACAAGAUUCCAGAAGUUCAAGACAUGGAAUGGAACUUCCUCAGCCUUGAUGAGGCCCAGCUUGUCCGAAAUGUCGACAGUAACAUGACCUCCUGCCUGGAGCGUGUUCACUGUGAACAUAUUUUCUCCACUCCUCUGCCCACGACCUCAGAGCGCCAAUCCAACUUGUAUGGGGAAUACGCUGCUUGCGGGCAUGAAUUUGUGGAUGACGGACAAAAGAACACGAAUAAGGAGGGCUCCACGGGAAUUUUCUUCGCUGUUCAAAUGGAAAGACGGACAAACGGGUUGUCGCAGCGCGAGGUGCAGGCCAAGAUUAACUUUGGCAACCACCGAAGAGGCGUUAUCAUAUCCCUCGGCUACAGAAACAUCUGA